AAUCUGUUAUGAUUUUCAUUAUUUUUGUUUGAUAAGAAACAAAAAUCCGAAUCCACAUCCAAAAUGCGAUUAGAUACUGCUGUACGAAUAGUGAAUUAUCCAAUCACUAAAAUGUUAUUGAAAAACAAUAUUGGCUAUAUUGACAAGUUGAAAAAAUCUCGAUUGAAAAUUUUGUUGCAAAAAUCAUCAAUAUCUGAUGAUGAUCAACAGCAGCAGCAACAGCAGGAUCAGCAGCAGCAGCAGCGGCCAUAUCAACGAUUUUGUAAUCUACAAUUCUGGUUACAAUCAUUCAUUUUUCUUUUUUGGCUUAUUCGUGGCAUUGUCAUUCUGUUGAUUAGCGAUGGUUCUGUUUCGGCAACAAUAUUAGGAUCGGUAUUUAAUUUACUCAAAAUUGUUCGUAUCUAUCCUGAAUUGGUUGCAUUCCAUUUUGCAAUCAAAGAUUUUCUAUGUCAUCUGAUCAUUUAUGGCCGCUAUAAACGUUUUCGUUUCUAUCAAUGUAUCAUUGCUUAUUGUCAUCAGAUUUAUAAUCCAUAUCUGAAUGAUGAACAAAAUAAUCUGAUCAAACAAUCGUAUAUUGAUACGAUACGACUUUAUCUGGAUGAGAAAAAACUGACGGAAAUUUGUUUAUUCAUAAAAGAACGUUUUCAUGGACAUUGUCAUAUUGUUUGUGGCACUACGGUCAUUAUUGGCAUAACAGGAAUCUAUUCUAUCCUGGUUUUUGUUCCAUAUGGUCAUAUUAUGGUUUUAUGUGGACUAGUAAAAUCAAUACAAAAUGAAAAACAAAUGAAAAAUUUCAAUAGAAAAUUUUCAUCAUCCAAAAUUCGUUCACAUUUAUUGGCUCAAUCGGAUCUGUUUGAUGAAAUUCGUACCAUGAAUGAAUUUUGGCGUUCAUAUCUAUCGAUCACCAUCACUGUUUAUAUUAUAUUGAGUUGUCUUUCGCUUUAUAUCGUUGCAUUGACCAAUGUAUUGUUAUCGAUGAAAAUAUUUUUCAUUGCUAUUUUCAUACAGCCGAUUGCCAUCAUUUUGUUGUUAACAUUAACAUCGGCUAAUUUAUGUUUCAAAAUAUUUCAACUACAUAAACGUUAUUAUACAAUGCUUGCCUCGUUGCAUUCUGUGCGCCAUGUAAAUCGAUGGAAAUUUAAGUUAAUGUCUUCAUUGGAAAUAAUCAAUAGUAAAACAACAGGAUUUACAUUGAAUAAUCAGGUUAUGAUUGAUUAUAAAGCAAUAGGAAUGGUCAUCGCUAAUACAACAACAUUAUUCAUUUUGGUUGCUCAAAAUUUGAAAAAUAAUCAAUAGAGAAAACCACAUUGACAUCAUUAAUUGUUGCCGAAAUUCUAUAAUCAAUCAUUGAUACAUGCGGUAUUGAUCAAAUCAAAUUGAAAAUCUAUAAUACACAACUACACACCAACGAUAUUGUAAUCCAAUAAAUAGAGAGAGAGAGAGUUGUUCAAAUACAAUUAUUGAAUAUCUAAGCGGAAAUGAAAAUGCAAUUUUUUUUCUCA